AUGCUCUCCACCACCAUCGACCGAAAGGGUGUAUGCGACGACAGCAUGACAAUCACCACGUACCGGGGAGCGAUUUUGCCCGAGCUGAACAACGGCCUGCAGCGGGUUGGUCACACCAUUGUGGUCUACAAGCAUGACUUGUACCUUUACGGGGGCUAUGGGCCCAAGAAUGUUUAUCCGACUGGCAUAUUUUGCAAUGUUAAAAUGACAUUGCAGUGGAAGGAGAUGCGUGGUGUCGGUGUGGUGCCAGGAGGACGUGCCAACCACAGUGCCAUUCUGCACGAAAAGAAAAUGAUUGUCUUUGGGGGUCAUCGAAAUUUGGAUGUUUUUGAUGAUCUGUACAUUCUUAACCUUGAAACCAUGCGAUGGGAGAAGGUGAACUGCGAGCGAGCUCAAGGGCCUGGUCCUGUCUUUUCACAUGUGGCAGUGUACGUGCCACCGACACAGGCAAUGGUGGUUAUUGGAGGAUUUCAUCAGCGUCAACACAACAUGUAUAUUGCACACUCCUUUGAUAUUAGAAACCGAGUCUGGAAUGGUAUUCGUGGACCAAAUUCCGUGAACCCGCUUCAUGUCCAAAUGUGCUGUGCGGCAUAUCACAGCCCAACCAGCUCUAUCAUCGUCAUUGGAAUUGUGGAAGAAAGUGUCUUACUGACGGGUCCGUGUGAUGCACCCAGUGUGUUCAUGAUGAAUGUUCACUCCGGCAUGUGGGUGGAAGUAAAGACUCCGGUUUCUCCAGAAACUCCCAUCUCGUUUAACAUUAGUAGUGUGUGGGAAUAUUUUAUUCUAAAUGUUAUUAGCUUGGGCGGUGUCUAUGAUGAUAGCCGCCAGGAAUGGUUGUUUCCAAUGCUUUUAACCCCCAUUGUGAGUUUCCUCGCGUGGAGGAAAGUGGAGAGAGCUUCACCACAGCUAACGACCAAUGCUAGAGCGCGGACAAGGGCGCGAUGCGCCAGUUAUGGACUUUUUAGGCUACAGUUGCGUGACAUGACGUGGUCCAUGGUCCCCAUAAAGUUUCCCAGGCGUGUGGUGACCGAAUUGAUGGCACGCAAGACCUCGCGACACGGUUCUAUGGGUGGCCAACGUGGUACGGGUGAGGUGGGGCAACACAGCAGGAUCUCGAUGGGAAGCAAACGGCUGCUACCGGUCUUUUCCGCCAGUGGUGUGUCACGCUUUCAACGAAAGUACGCCUUCGCGGCGACCGAGUCCUCAGCGAUGCGAGGAGGGUCCCGUGCGCCCCACACACUUGUUGUCAUGCAUGGUGGUAUUGGUACGGAGGACUACAUCAUGCUACUCUUCACGCCAGUCUUAAAGCGGCGGAUGGUAAACGCCUCCAACUCAGCGGAUUCUGUUACUAUCGGUAGUGAUAGCGAUUUACUCGCCGCCUCAAUUAAUUCGCGGAGUGGCAGUACUGCAUAUCAAUUCAGCAUGGGAUGGGAUGACGAGCAAAGUGUCUCUGAAACUGAGCUUUGUCGCCUGGUGUCGGGGGGUGAAAAGAGAAAGGAAUCCCGAUUCUCUCGUGAAGAGGUUGCCGAUCCUAAUGUCUUCGUUGGUCGCACGCAUCGUCUCGGUAGUGACCCUACCCUGCUGCCGACGCUGCCAAGCACCCGUGGUAGCAACAACACACAACGCUUUGCAGUCUUGUAUCAUUCACGGAGCGCGGUUCACACUGACAAACUUCUGCCAGAUGCGACAUGCCCUGUCGCAGUGUUGGACGAAAAAUAUGAUGUUGCGGCGUGGGCGCAAAAUUUUUAUACGGAGACUAGGCAGUGGAUUGCUUCACGCCUGGGGGCGACAAGGGAGGAAGAAAAAGCGGCACAUCGUAAAAAGAAGAAGAGGGGCUCUAUCCGAACUGUAGCAGAAGACAGUGAUGACAGCUUGUCUAGCAGCUCCUCGAUACGAACAAAAAACAUUGGUGAUACGCUGGAUACGCGUUCGUUGUCGACGCUGCAGCCGAUAUCUCCGAAAAGGCCAAAAGACUUUUUUCUCGAUAAAAAUUUGGAGGUUUUUGACUUUAAAGACGUCGAAAUUCAAAGAGUUUCGUAUCACAGCAGGAUGCCCUUUAUAUUGCCUGGCGAGACACCCGAGAGCAUUGGUAGACUAAGUAUGAGAGUUAAGCGAACCCAUGAGGUUCAACGGCUACCCACCUCCGUGUUUCAACGCUCCUCUCUAGGGAAUGUCACAGAUGUUGGUGGAGCUACCGCAUUCCUCAUCAUGACGUCCGCCCUCGCGCGCUUUGCCGACGGGUCAUAUGAGGCGGAACGGCAACGGGCGCUUAUUCGCUGGCGGUACCUUCGUGUGAUGGUGUUGAACGGCGAGGCAAAUUUUAUUAUGUAUCGUGUUAAUCAAGAAGAGGCAAAAUUGCGUGGAAUCGAAAUCUCGAGCACUGCACAGCUUACACUCGCCCCGGAGCUGCACAAUAAAGGAUUGACUACGAAAGUGCCUACCAGACCCGUUCCAUACACUGUUCCAGUAAGGCCCACCGUUAAGAUUCGGUCGGCUGAGGUUACAUCAAGCGGGCUUGUGCUGUAUCACUUUGGCAAGAGCAACAAAGGAGGCAUUUCUUGA